GCAGCGCUUAACCGCCGCCAACGUUAUCCGGAAAGUGGAUGAGCCAACUGACUGGGUCUACACCCCUGGAGGAUGGCCGGUGCCCCAGCGAGCUUCUAAUGGGACGCCGCAUUAGGUCCCGUCUUCCUGACUUCACGCCAGCAGUUCCAAAACCAGCCAGAAAACACACACAGGAUAACACUAAAGGAUGUUUUUUGAAGCCACUACGGGAAGGUGACGUGGUACGUCUGAGGGACCAAGGACAGUGGGUCACAAAGGGCCAAGUGUUAAGGAACGUGGCGCCUCGUUCUUCACUGGUUGUCACGCAGGAUGGCCGGGAAUAUCGACGCAACAGAGAACACCUGCGACCGACGAAUGAAGACCUGCAGAGUUCAGAUCACUUUGAGGAGCAUCUGGAAGAUUCCCCAGCCUGUGCCCUGACCAGCAUUCAAGCUGCACCGGCUGCAUUGACCCCAACAGUGCAGCAUGAUGAUCCAGCCAUCCCAACCACAGUCGCUACUUCAACGAGAACUCCGACCAGCUCCCCAGCUGCAGUCAACUCCGCCGCGAGAACAGAGGAUGAUCGGGCUAGUGAACUUCGACCAUCUGUUGCUCGGACAUCAACCCGAACUGUGCGGCGACCCCAAAGGCUAAACUACGAUCAGAACUUCCAGCAGCAAGCUUAACGGGCUUUUGAGUUAUUGCUUUUUAUAUUUCGUGUUUUGUGUAUUUUGUUUAUUUUCGUAUGUAUUUCUUGUUGGUUUUUCAUAGUCCAAAGAAAGGGAGAUGUAACAGUCUUGAUACUAGCGCCACCGCCACACUGAG